CAUGCUCGCCAGUGCGGCCGGGACAUCGUCGGGCUACGAGCGACUCUCCCACGACAUCCUCGCUAAUGCUCCAUCCUCGGGCUACGAGCGAUUGACCUCCCCGCCGACUAGUUCGGUUGCCGAGCCCAACUACGAGGAACUCAAGCCACAUGAUCCGCCGCCCUCCGCCAUUGAGUCGAACUACGCGAAAGUUAACAAGACGCGCACUAAGAAUAACAACAACAACAACAACCUGAAACCGACGGUGGAGCCGGCAUAUGCGAGUUUGUCGUCGGCGGAAGUUGACGGCGGCAACCAAGACCCCGACUACGAGAGUGUCAGCGCCACCUCGCAGCAUGACCCGAACUACGAGAGCCUCGAGAAGACUGACAGUGAAAACGAUCCGCCCUAUGAGAAGCUGCACUCCACUUCCUCGGCCUCAAUUGAUGAUGACUACGAAACUGUGUUUAGGGUGGAGGGCCGUGAACGUCACACGUAGCCAAGUUGUAAAAUAAAUGACUAUAAUAUAA